UGGGCGCUUGCAGCUGCGGGCCGGCGCUCUUCGUCGAGAGGCGCGGGGGGAUGCGCGCUAGCCUGGACGGCAUUGCACAACCCUCGCCCGCCUUCCCUGGAGGUUACCUCUAAGCGCCGCCGCGGAGGAGGCCGCCGCCGCCGCCGCGUGAAUCCGCCGGCAAAGAACAAAGGCAGAGCCGCUUGGCCACCGCCUGCCGUUGUUCCCGAGCCGGCGCCCGUCCGGCUUCGUGCGCGCCGCGAGCCCGAGAUCGCACUUGCUCGCCCGCCUUUCUCCCAGCUCCAUGAGCCGCCAGCUCGAGCCCCGCAGCCCCGCCGCGCUCCUGCACCCGCCGGGAGCCGCCGGCGGCCCUCGCUGCCGGGGCGCCCCUUCCAAGCGCUUCCUGGUGCACGACGGCCCCGGCGCCGAGGAAGCGCCCUCCGCCGCCAAGUGCGCCCGCCUCGCCGUCGAUUGCUCGAGCGCGGCGCCCCAGGACUGCCUCAGCGCGCCGGGCUCGCCCUGCGCCCUCGUCUCUCCGGCCCCCGGAGCCGGCUCGGCGUCCAGCCCCGGCGCUAGCAGCGCGCAGGGGCCCAGCCUCAUCGCCGGCUAUCUUUUGUUGCCCUUGCCCGACAGGGAGCACGUUUCUCGGGCGCUCGACAUUAACACGGGCCGGGAGCUGCGCUGCAAGGUCUUCCCCCUGCAACACUACCAGGACAAAAUCCGGCCGUACAUCCAGCUGCCAUCCCACAGGAACAUCACUGGCAUUGCGGAAGUGAUUCUCGGGGACACCAAGGCCUACGUCUUCUUCGACAGGGACUUUGGCAACAUGCAUUCCUACGUCAGGAGCUGUAAGCGUCUGCCCGAGCAAGAGGCUGCCCGGCUCUUCAAGCAGAUCGUCUCUGCGGUAGCUCAUUGCCACCAGUCAGCCAUCGUACUGGGCGACCUCAAACUCAGGAAGUUCGUGUUUUCCAGUGAGGAAAGGAUGCAGCUGAGACUAGAAAGCUUGGAAGACACUCACAUCAUCAAAGGGGAGGACGAUGCCCUGUCGGACAAGCAUGGCUGUCCUGCCUAUGUCAGUCCAGAAAUCCUAAACACAACGGGGACCUAUUCUGGGAAGUCGGCAGACGUGUGGAGCUUAGGUGUCAUGCUGUACACCCUCCUUGUAGGACGCUACCCUUUCCAUGACUCGGACCCUACUGCCCUCUUUUCGAAAAUCCGACGCGGACAGUUCUGCAUCCCUGAUCAUGUCUCUCCCAAAGCGCGGUGCCUCAUCCGUAGCUUGCUCAGGCGAGAGCCCUCCGAGAGACUCACCGCUCCAGAAAUCUUGCUCCAUCCUUGGUUUGAUGCUGUCUUGGAGUCCGGGUAUGCAGACCAGGACGUACGAACCUCUGAUCAAGUCGUUCCGGAAAAGUUGCAGGAGGACAAUGAUAUGAGCUCCUUCUUUUGCUAACUCUGGUGUUGUUUUGUUGUUUUGCUUUGGGUCAAGAGACCUCACACUUCAUACAGCCCUUAAGCAUGUGUGUGUGUUUAUGUUGCUCAUUUUCUGUGUUGUAAAUGUUCCCUUUCCACACUCUCGCUGAGCUCAGGCGGUGGUCCCAUUUGUUUCUCCCCUCUCCAGGGAGACUUACAGAAAGAUUGCAAGUCAUGGCCUUAUUAAUCCAGGGGAUUCCCUGUUGAGCUCCAGGAGACUCAUCUGGUGCUCCAGUUGGGAACACAUGGAGAAAGAGGCAGCUGCAUUCUUUUGUGUAUCUCAUACAUCAUAAAAUGACAGAACCUCUGGCUUAGGCACUGUUGGUGAUGUAAGAGAGCAAGUCACAGUUCUUCCAAUGCCAGAUGGGGUGUGUGCUAAAUUAGUGGGAUUGUCUGUUAAAAGCUCAGCUCUUACAUUUGAUUUCUAGCUGAAUCGCUGCAUCUGUGGGCAUUGCACCCUUCAGCCUGCAGUUCUCGAUGGCUUUCUUGGCUGUGUUUGCGCAGUCAGCUUGAAAUCACUUUGGGUUAACCUGGAAUAUUUAGCUGUUGCUGCAUUUGUAAGAACUGAAUUUCCUGGUUAAAUGAUCCAGCCUGAAGACUGUUCUCCAGCUCAGGUGAUCAGCAGAGCUGCAUUGGUUUUAGGCCUUGGCCUUCCUCUUAACAGUGUUGUGCAUGAUGCAGAUUGCAUGUCCGGCUAUAUGGGCAGUAGAAAUUAAACGAGCUUUCAUCUGAAUGAACUGGUAGUCACUUGGAGGCCAACGGAGGAUUCGGGGCUGAUCCAUCAAAUUUGGAGAAUUUCACAAAUGCCAAAUCUGUCAUUGGAAGUGGCUCCCAGCCGCAGUGGUAAAAUUGCAGUGUAGUUUUAAGUUAUUCAGCAGGAUGUUCAGCCCCACUGAAACAAUUCAGCUUUUCUGGGGGUUCACUGAGAGAACCAGCUUCAUCCCCACGUCCUUCUUGGGCCUGCAGAAAUCACAUCCAUGCAAUGCGAGUGGGACUGUAAACGCCUUGAUGGAUCGGUGCAAAGCACAUGUCUGCAUAGCUGUGAGAUUCCGGCCUGCAGUUUUUCUGUGUCACAGUUCAGAGUGCAUUUGAUCCAGGUUCCCGUAGCUGGUGCUGGCGUUCCUCUGGUGAGCGGCUGUUUUCGAAUCUCUCAUUUCACUUGGCCGCCGAGGACUCCUCCUGCCCCCCUCCCCUUUCACGUAUGUAUCCUAAGAUGACAUGUAAAUGGAAUUGCUGACGGACGAUGCAUGCUGUUGAUUGCACAGGUGACUCUCCUGCCCCCGGCUCCUGGCUCGUCUCUGCAGGAAAGCCGAUGCAUAUGGUGUGACCUGCAAAUGAGAUGCCAGCGCUGCUAUUUUUGCAUGGCUUUAGAAGGCAGGCCACCCUGCAUCUCCAGAUAGGAUACAGAAAUGAAAGGAGGCAGUGUCUUUUCAAGGUUUGCUUAACUGCCUUUCUCCCCCAAGACAAGCACUUCCAGAUUCAGCAUUCUAGUCCAGCCUUCCUCAGCCUGCUGCCUUUCUGAUAUUUGGACUGCAACUCCCAGGAUGCCUAACCAUUGGGAAAUCGAUGGGAGUUGAUAUCCAAAACAUCUGGAGGGCUGUUGUCUCUGCUGACCACAUGGUUGCAUUCCCCUGUGUCCAUGGGAUCCAUGUGUGGCAUUCUUUAUCAGGCUUCUUUGGAAUGCAUCCAUUGGAAUGAAUGGGUCUUAGGUGAACAUUGGGUGCAACUCGGGCCCAUGUUUGGUUCCUUCUGUGAAAGCGCUCCUGCAUAAGGCCAGAGGGACAGUUCUGGUUAAGACGAGAGCAUAGUGUGACCUGCUUUAAAACUCACACCUCCCUGUCACUGGCUCUUCCCAACCCUUCAGUGUUCCAUGCUAAGCACAGCUGGGUUUGUUUCCUGGUGGUUUUGCACUCCGUCCCUGGAUUCCCAAAGAUUGUAGUCAAGGGCAGAGCAGCUCAACCUGAGAGACAAAGAUGUGUCCUGUCUCGUUACAUACACUGAAAUGUUUGACUUUCUUUGUGUGGGUUCUGUUCUCUGGCGCGUUGCAUCGUCCUUCGUACCAAAACGAAAGAAAAAAAUGGAAAAACAAUCUCCUCUUUUGAUAAACUAAUGAACAAUACCCACAUUUUCCAAUUUGACUCAUCAGGCCUAAUUUGGAAACCUCUCUGCCCCGGCCCCUUCUCCAUUAUCAUGCAUUUCUGGCUGCGGUUGUUUCUGUAUUUCAGAUUUGUGGCAGUUAAUUCAUACACUUGAAUAAACUUCAGCUUCCUGGAUAGGGUAAUGAACGUCAUUCUCACCAUGUGAACAAGUACUUGCCUGUCCUGAUUUCCCAACCGGAGGGAAGGUUUUGUUACCCAGAAGACUGCUGGCUCGGUGGUGGUGGUGCGGUCAUUGUUGUCGCCAUAGGGUGUUGAUGUGCCACAGACAAAUGCGUGCAUGCCUGACCAACAAUGACUCUUGAGGACUAGUAGCUUUGCAAAGCCAAGUUGGUGUGCGCCAAAGGAUCCCACUGACUUCUGACAAAGCACAAAUAUCCCAUGCUUAAGACCGUUCUGUUCAUUGGGUGGAGGUAUGCUACCGAGGAAAGCUUCACCUUUGCCUGUGUAGCCCUGGAUUCAAACCUCAAAAUGCUGAUUUUGCUUAAAAGGUCUACAGCUCCUAUUUGUCAUUGGGGAAGCCAUUGCACUCUUGCAAAACUUUUGUAUACCUCACCUUCUUUGUACUUCCCGUAAACUACUCAAGUUAUGCCAUUUGAGGCUGUGGUGUGUGUGUGUGUCCUAAAAACCUGAGGUUUCAAAGAGCUGUUUAAAUGUGAAUUAUGCCUGGCAAUACUAACUUGAUAAAAUCAAGAGAAUUAGAGGUGAAACUUUAUUUUUUUACCUUGAUUGCACUAAAGCUCUUGUGAUUGCUUUAAUAUAUUUGUAUCUGUGAUACAGUUUUUUUUAAAGAAUCUCCCCAGACCUGCCUAUAAAUCUGUAUAUAUUGGUAGGUGGAAAACGAAUAACACUAUGUCAGAUAUUUGUAAAUACGUGCAUAUUUGAAAAUCGACAUGAUGAAGCUGUAAAAAUUCUGUACACAAGUUUAAUAAAUCUGGUUUCAUAAUAAAA